CUUUUUGGGGUCCACCACCACCUUGCUACGUGACAGACCUGCUCUUAUUUCAACAGGUACUUUUGGUGUAACAGUCAGGACCAUCAUCCAAUCUGAGCCCAAACCAUCACUGGUGACGACCAAUCAGGUCGGGGUUGAAUUGGACCUGGACAGUAUUUUCUCUACCUUCCUCUCAUCCUUGGAUACCGCAGGCAGGCAAACAGUCCUCCGGUCACCGCCGUAUUCGGCCACUUCCUCCGGGGAUGGAGAACAACCGUUGCUUCGCCAACCGCUUCUCGGACUACAGCAAGAGCGCGCUGCUGCCCGACCACGGGGCCGAAACGGUGGUUCCGGCCGUGGUGGCAACGGUGGAUAGAAUCCUCACAAAGGUCCCCAUUUCAAGCGAGGUGGAUGACUGCGACGGCGGGCUUUACGACGGUCCGGCCGGCGUGGCGUAUAUGCUUUACCACGUCAGCGAGUGUCCGCUGUUCUCCGAGCGACGCGACGCGUACCUGAAGGCGGCCAAGCGCAUCAUCGACGUGUCGGUACGCUAUGCGGACGCCGAGCCGGACCGGAGCAUGCGCGCCGCCUUCCUGCUCGGCGGUGCGGGCGUGUACGCCGCGGCCGCGAUGAUCUACAAGUCGUUGGGUUUGGCCGACUUCGUCAAGCCGCUGACGAAAUUUCGCAACCUGUGGGAGGUGUGCGCGCCCAUCCAUUUCUUGGAGUGCGGUUCCGAUGAGCUCUUUGUGGGCCGGGCGGGCUACCUCUGCGCCGCCCUGGUCCUCAAACAGAAGCUGGGCAUUGAGAUUCUCAGCAAGGAUCAAAUCAAGUCAAUCUGCCAGGCCAUCAUCGAGUCGGGAAAACAGUACGCUCGGAAAAAGCGAAAGCCUUUCCCUCUCAUGUACUCCUACUACGGGACAGAAUACCUUGGCGCAGCCCACGGCUUGUCGUCGGUACUGCAGAUGUUGCUGAGCUACCAUGACCUGCUGAGCGGCGCCGACAAGGACCUGGUGUGGCAGAGCGUCGAUUUCCUCAUGAACCAGGAGCAGAACUGCAACUGGCCUGCUGAGCUGGGCGCCGUGAUCGAGCGUGAGAACGAGCUGGUCCACUGGUGUCACGGAGCUCCGGGUGUGGCCUUUCUUUUUGCUAAGGCCUACUUGAUUAACAAGAAGCCACAAUAUUUGGACACGUGCAUCCGCAGCGGGGAGCUGGUGUGGCAGAAAGGUCUGCUGAAGAAAGGUCCCGGCAUCUGCCACGGUGUAGCCGGCAGCGCUUACGUCUUCCUGUUGCUCUACCGCCUGACUGGCAACUCCAAAUAUGUCUACCGAGCUCAGAGGUUUGCAGAGUUCCUGUUCACGGAAGAGUUCAAGGCAGGAUCGCGCUCAGUCACCAGCGUGUACAGCCUCUUCGAAGGCCUGUCUGGGACCGUCUGCUUCCUGGUGGACCUGCUGCAACCCGAGCAGGCCGAAUUCCCGCUCUUCUGUGUCUUUGAGUGAAGGACAAAACCCACGAAGAGAUUGAAAACUUGGUGAUAUUGUCUUAAAGUGCGAUAAUCAAGUUUUUUUGUUUUUCAAGUGCAGUGGAAACAUAUCUCUAGUUCAGAUUGUUUAUAACAGCUCUUGUGUUUGGUCUCAUUCGAUUCUGCAGGUCUAGCCAACUGUGGAGAUGCUUCACAAAAGUGAAUUUGUUUAAAAAUGUAAAAAAAAAUCCCUGUGAAUUCAGGAAACCAAAAGUGUUCUGAUGCUAACUGUGCCUGUUUGGAGUGUCUAUGUGUUUUGCACAUGUAACCCACAACAGAAGUGGAAAUUCUGUUGAUCAAGUGUUAGGCUGGAAAUGCAUGUUCAGUCUUUAUUAAAUGGGUCCUAUUUUUU